CCAGGCGGUUUCCGGUGCGCGCCGCGCGCUGAUUUGGCCCCGUCCGCGCCGCGCCGCCAUGGCGGCCCCGGGCCUGUCCAAGGCCGAGUAUCUGCGGCGCUACCUGGGCGGGGCCGCGGCCGAGCCGGAGGGCGGCAGGCGCAAGCGGAGGAAGAAACCGCCGGGGAGCGGCGGCAGGGGGAUGCGAAUAGUGGAUGAUGAUGUGAGCUGGAAUAGCAUUUCUGCUGCACAAGAGAAAGAGGAGGUGGAAGAGGAUGAAGGGGAUCUGCCUGUGGUGGCAGAGUUUAUUGAUGAGCGUCCAGAAGAAGUGAAACGGAUGGAAGAAUUCCGGACAAAUAAUAAAUGGAAGCUUUUAGGAGAUCAGAAUGAAGAUUCACAAAGCUCAGACCUUUCUCUAGCUGCCAAGUCUACAGCAAGUUCAGAAACCACAAAACAAAAGAAAAUAAAACACUCGUCUGAACCAUCACCUCCCAGGAGAGGUCGCCAUGAUUCGCCUGAGAUCUCUCCACCCAGGAAACAGCGUCAUGAUUCUUCAGAUGAGUCUCCAUCCAGGAAUCAGCGCCGGGACUCGCCGGACCUGUCGCCGCCCCGCCGGGGCCGCCGGGACUCGCCGGACCUGUCGCCGCCCCGCCGGGGCCGCCGGGACUCGCCGGACCUGUCGCCGCCCCGCCGGGACUCGCCGGACCUGUCGCCGCCCCGCCGGGGCUGCCGCAACUUAGUGUCAGGAAGAAAAAGCAACAAAACUAUGGACAAAUCACUACCAGGAGGAAUCCAAGGAGAGCAAUCUAAUCUGAGAUCCGGCUUCCCACACAAGUCCUCAUCGCAUCAUAAGCAGCAGAUAACUCCAGAUCUUUCACCCCCGAGGAAGAACAGAGAUAAUUCUGACCUGGCCACAUCACCAUGUCAGAGAAAGAGAACUGGAUCACCUAGUGGGCUGAAAAAACAGAGCAGCACAAGAGGCUUUUCUCCAGCCAAUAACAAGCCUAAACUGGCUCCAUCGCCUAAAAGGCACAAGAGGCAUGACUCUGAUUCUUCACUGCCACUGAAGAGUUCCCAGGGUUCCUCUGAUUCUGACCUUUCCCCCCUUCGGAACAGUCGCAGACCAGGCCUGCUACACCGUGACUCCCCCGCCAAACUCUCUCCUCCCAAGAGGAAUCAGAACACGUCUUCGGAUUCUGAUUUAUCUCCGCCCCGAAGGAGUCGGGCAGCUGGAAAGAAACUCCACAGUUCAAGGAGCUCUCCUGGCCUCUUGCCUCCUCGUCGAGGCCCAGAUUCUAAAAGAUCUUUCCAGGGGGAGAGAGGAGAGGACCAGAGGGCCAGCCAGAUGCUGUCUGGGGGUAAAGCUGGCUUGGUGUCAGCUGACCUGCUGCGAAGAGAACAGCAGGAGCACAGGAGACAUGACAGAAAUAACAAACACUUGGAAGAUGAAUCCCAAAAUGCUGAAACAGUCUUUCGAGACAAGUCAGGCCGCAAGAGGGACCUUAUGCAGGAACGACUUGAACAGCAGAAGAAGGCGGAGGCGAAAUCUGAGAGAGAUGAGCUCUAUGCCAAGUGGGGCAAAGGCCUGGCUCAGAGUAGGCAGCAGCAGCAGAAUGUGGAGGAUGCAGUAAAGGAGAUGCAGAAGCCAUUGGCACGUUACAUUGAUGACCAAGACUUGGAUCAGAUGCUUCGAGAGAAGGAAAGAGAAGGGGACCCCAUGGCUAACUUCAUCAAAAAGAAGAAAGCCAAAGAGAGCAAGGAUAAGAGAGAGAAGCCCAGGUACAAUGGACCAACACCUCCCCUGAACAGGUUUAACUUAUGGCCUGGGUAUCGCUGGGAUGGAGUGGACAGAGUGAGGUGCUGGUUCAACACCCCGGAAGACCAGAGUCCUCUGUUGACCAGCACAAAGGGAGCAGCCUGGGUCCAAUGGGUUUGAACAGAAGCGCUUUGCCAGGCUAGCCAGCAAGAAGGCAGUUCAGGAGCUUGCAUAUAAAUGGAGUGUUGAGGACAUGUAAACAAAAGAGAAAACCAAAUGGAAGAUUGCUCCUGGCUCCCUGGCAGGGAGGAAGAGUCCUCAGUACACCUAAUGCUGUUGCAAGAGCUGUAAGAAAUUGCUCAUUCUUCCCUGAACACCUCUUCUCCAUAGCAUUCAGUGUUAAAGCGGACUACUUGGGGAUGACAAGGCUGCCUCUAAUGGAAAGUUCAAGAUGUUCCUGGAAGAGGAUGAAAACAGGUCACUCUGUCCAGGCAGGCAGAGAGGAGAAGGGAGAAACUUUGGGUCCCUUGAGCACAGAGAAGAACUUCUACAGCUUUACUGCGAGCAGCUGACAGGUUGAAUGCAGAGGCAAAGUGCAGUGUCCUGCUACCUGCAGGAGCUGUUCUGAUCUGUUGGACCUGCUGCGAGAUGCAGAAGAGACACCAGUUUCUGGCAUUAAUUUUUUUUUUUAACAAAUUAUAUAUAAAUACAUUUGUAACCCUAUUUUCAGCCAAACUCCUGGUCCCCUAGAGGUGUUUUUGGGAUCUGUUGGGUUUUAAGUUGUGUCCCAAAUCUCAGGUGCUUCUUUGGGGUUCAGAGAGGAUUAAAGAAAACUAGUUCAUAGAAUAAUUAUGCUUUUGCGUGUCAAGAUUGUAAACCGAAAGUUGAGAUUUCAACUGUGGGGAGCUCAACAGGUAUUUGUAGGCAGUGGUGGUAGCUCGGGCUUUAAUACCAUCAGAUGGCUUGUCGCUGUUGUGCCCCAGAAAGUCUGCCUGAUGUCAUUGCUAAAGGAGCCUGAAGUGGCUUUUCUGUCCUGCAAUGUGUGGAUUCCUCGACUGGCAGUGAAAGUUGGGGUAAAGCAGAAACCCCUCCUGCUCUUAGCUGUGAGCUACGCUAAGUAGACGAAUAUUUUCUACAAUGCCUUGUUCCAUAUGGUGUAACAUCACUAUCUUGUUCCUUCCUAAAUGGGGUUUUUGGAGAGAGGGGUGUGGGGGAGAAACUCUUUUGUUGUAUUUGACAAAAAACCCAUCCUGGCUAAAAGGUCUGGCAGUUGGUCUGGGUUAACUCCUUAUGGAAAGAUGCAGUUAAUGGUGGGUUUAAAUGUACUACCCUGAAUGUGAUUUUCUUUUGAGUAUCUGAUGGCAAGGGGUUGGUCUCUAUCAAGCGGUCUGACAGUACCAAGCUAGCUUGGCAGUUGCAAAGUCACAGCCUUGCUGUUUGCAUGUUUGUUUAAACCUGAAAUCUAACUUUCAGAACAGAUGACUGCUAUGCCAAGACUCUGAGCCACAGCUAAGGGAGAGACAAUGUGGCCUGGUCCCUCCUGUUGAGAAAGCACCUCUGAUCUCACAGGCAGCUGUUGUUUUACUUUACAUCUUUGUUUUCUUUGUAGAGAGAAGGUGUUGAAUGCCCCAGCUGUUUCCAUGGAAGGUCCUUGCUUAGUAGCAGUCUGGGUCUUGGGAUAGCAAUUAGGCUCCCAUGGUUCUCGUACUGCAUGAGGGUGCUGGGUAAGAAGUAUAGUGCAAAGGUUUUCUUAGGAAAUGUGAUUCUUGGGGUGGUGCGCUCUCCUGGUCAAAAGGUCAAGCUCCUUUUUUAUUUAACAGGUUAAAUUUCUAGCGGUCCUCUAACCUGGAUGUACAAUUGUAAAUAAUAACUUUGUUUUUAGCUG